CUGCGAUCGGUCAGUCGUGCGUGCGGACUCCGCGAGUGCGGGCGCCGCGCUGUUCUUUCCUCCUCCCUGGUGAAAGCUAUGCCUGCGUCUUCGACGCAACGCCGACGUUCGAGGACGCCGUGGUGAACGCAGAAAAUGCGGGCCGAGGCCGCGGCUUUCCUCUUCCCUCGCGCCACCGACGACGCGAUGUCCUUUCGCGAGGUGGUGGCCAGUCGACCUUGGGGGUCGUCUCGCGGCGCCAAACCCGUUCAGCUGGUGGAUAACGCAGAUCACGUGACUGGGCCAGCGGUGGCGGCCGCCCCCCUGUGGAUGACUAAUGGAGGCUGCGGUGGAUACUACCAGUGCAGGCAGUGCCAGAUGGGAGCGGUGAAUCGUCGAUCGCCGGUGGUGAUCGCUGCCCUCCUGACCCGUGAGGAGGGGCUGGCAGGCGGCCGCGCCAUGAACGGCCCCGAAGGGGGCGGCCCCGCCGCCCCCGUCGCCUCGGGGGGCCAGCUGCCCUGGGCGCCCCCUCGACACACCGUGCCCAAGCGCAAGAUGGCCGUCGUGCACGGACCCCUGGUGCCGCGAAACGCGUCGCCUGGGCAGGAGCUCAGGCCGUGCGCCGAGAUGCUCCCGGGCGGACUUCUGGUCGCCGGAGACCUGGCCUCGUCCGCCAGGGACCCAGCGACGACGUCUAGAGACCUUCUACUUCCCGGUGGAGCGUGCCGAGUGACGUCACCACGCGAGUUCCACCGGCCUUCCAGGGAACACCGAUCAUCGAGGGAUUCUCGAGACCUGCCGCUGAGGAUAGACGUGGGCGCAACCUCCAGAGACUGUAAUCUCUCAUCGUCCCCCAGUGAAUUCUGCUUUCCCCCGAGGGACGUCACCAGAGACGUCGUGAACUCUUCGCCCUCGGCGAGGCUCUCCCGGAGCGGCGGCGACUCGGCCCGUCCCAAGGACUCCACGACCUCGUCAUCCUGCAGUGGAAACAGCGCCAUCAUGAGUGUCUGCUCCUCGUCGUCCUCGGUGACUCCCGUCGUGACUCCGGUGACCCCGCCCGCGGCGGUGACCGGCUGUAGCGGUGACGUGAACAUGCCCAGCACGGUGUACGGCUCCAGUCCUGGCCGCAAGCUGGAGGACACGCUGGCCGGACUGAGGCUGGCGCCGCCGCGCGAGAGCGUGCUGGUUCGCGGUCCGGGACUGUCGUCCGCGACGACGAGGCCGCAGGUGACCAGUCCGCAGAUCCUCGAGCAGCACAUUAGCAAGAUCAUCUCCGAAAAUGCGGCCAUCGUGGAGACACUCGACCCGCUGUGGACCAAGCGCUACAUGCGCCACAACAGCAGUUCGAGCAGCAACGGUUCCUCCGCGAGCAGCGGCUUCUGCAGCGGCGACUCGUCGCGAAGCGGAAGCCUAGGCAGCAGCACCGGCAGUAGCUCGCGAAAGUGGAGCCUCGACCCUUCUUCGAUGGGGAUGCGCGGUCGCUCAAACCCGCGCAGGGUCUCCGAGAGCGCCCUGGUGCGCGCGACCGCGCCUCCUUCGUCGUCGGCGGUCCUCGCCGCGUCUCCCGCAUCUCCGGCGGUCACUUCAGCAGCGUCUACCAUCACCGUCUCGGCGUCGUCGCCUCCGGACGCCCCCGACGGCAGCAUCAUCCGUGACCUGCUGCUGCGCCACCGGGGCGAAGGCGGAGGUGCCGCCGACGGUGCCGCGUGCCCCAAGUGCGGCAUCUGGUUCCGGAGCGCGGCCACCCUGGAGGUGCACCUCGAGCACUAUUGCAAGGCGCCCAACCCGCCGCCCAAGAAGCGCAAGAUAUCCGAACCCGUGCUCUCGUCGCACCACGCGGCGGCCGCAUCGCGCUUCACGUUUCCCCCUGUGUCGACCAGGGCCGCCGACGACAUGAUGACCGGGCGGGUCGCUGGCAAUUCCGUCGCUGGCGGAAGCUGUAGAAGCAAUAGCGUCGCUUCAUUCCUGCCUGGCCCGUCGAGCUUCGACAACAAGGCACCGCCACCGCUGCCGGGACCACCGCAACCCGCCGCGUUGGCGCCACCCUCGGCGCUGGCGCUUCCACCUCUUCCGCCCCUGGUGGCAUCCUCUCCGCCCGCUAUGUCGCCUCCGGUCCAGACGUCUGCGCCCGUGGUGACCAGCUCGGCGGCCCUUCCGGCGACCACCAGCCUUCUGGCGCCGCCCCUACGGGCGAACAGGCCCACGUCGCUCGCCCUGGGCGGCGGGGCGUCGACCCUGGUCGGCUCUACUCUCGUCAGUCCCGAGACUCCGCGGCCUAAGAAGACGUGUCAGCAGCUGUACAUCAACGGCCACGCGUACACCUACCUGGGACUCAAGUGCUCCACGCGCUCCACCUACUGUUGCAUCUACCGGCCGCAGCCCAUGUACGUGGCGCAGGAGGCGGCGCCUCCGGGGCUCUCCAUGUACUCGGACUGGCGCGUAGUGCCCGUUGCCGACCCAGUGCCUGGCGUGACGCACGUGCGCCUCCUGACGCACUACGACUCGCGCCAGUGGCUUCACACGGGUGGCAGCCAUACCACCAUGAGUGCCUGUGGGGCGGCAGCACCCUUGGUGACCCACUCCAGUUACUGGCUCUACCGCAGCCGCGCACCUCCUAAGGAGUCGCCGAGCGAGGCCACAGCUAUGGAGUCUGAGACUAGUGCUGCAUCUCCGCAAGCCAGCGUUGCCAUGGACGACGAGCCCAUGCCGUCGGAGGCUCCACCAGCGGAGGAGCCGAUGAUGCAGUCCAAUCCAGAUGCCUGUGUGGCCACUGCAGAGCCUCCUCAGGUGGUGCAGCCAGUUGUGCCUUCAGUACCAGUACCAGCCAUGCCUCAGACGGCGCCACUCCUGCCGCCGACGCUACCCCCACCACCAGUGCCUCCUGCCGCACCAAUGCCGAUGGCAGCAUCAUCCGAGGGUCCGGGCAGUCCGAUGCAAACGGAUCAGGUGGCAGUGUCGAAGGAGGAUGCCGUGGUCGCCGUGCCCGACGGAAACGGAACCAGCGGCAGCCCGAAACGAGUCCGCAUCUUCGAAGGGGGCUUCAAGUCCAACGAGGCGUACACGUACGUGCGCGGUCGCGGGCGUGGCAAGUACGUCUGCGAGGAGUGCGGCAUUCGGUGCAAGAAGCCAUCGAUGCUCAAGAAGCACAUCCGGACGCACACGGACCUGCGGCCUUUCUCCUGCCACCACUGCUGCUUUGCCUUCAAGACCAAGGGCAACCUGACCAAGCACAUGAAGUCCAAGGCUCACCACAAGAAGUGCACCGAGCUGGGCAUUCUCCCAGUGCCCACCACGGUGGACGACUCGACCCAAGUGGACCCGGACACGCUCGCACGACAGGAGCAGCAGCAAAGGGAACGGCCCGCUUCAGAGGAUGAUGAAGAGGAGGAAGAGGAGGAGGAGGAAGAGGAAGAAGACGAUGAGGAGGAGGAGGAAGAAGAGGAGGAGGAAGAGGACGAUGAAGGAACACCCAUUGGCUUGUUGGCCAUGGCAGCACCAUCGGCACUGCCACAACCUUUAGCCAGCGGCCCUCCUCCACCAAGCAUUGCCUGCAACAUCCCAGUGAUCACUCUGACUGGUCCGCCCGACAGUUGCUCGUCACUGGCGCCUCCACCGAUCGCAGUCAUGACGGCAACCUGCCAAGUCUCUGAAGAGCAGGAAGCCGCACGUAGCCUGCUGCACCUAUCCGCUCACGUUCCCGAAGGUGCCACAUGGCCAGGUGACGGAGGACCGGUGAUGCCUCCUGUGUCGAGAUCUUCUCCGAUCUCCAUCGCGGCCAGCACCGGUCCGAUGGUCGGACCGUCCACGUUUGUCGGCGGAGCCGGGUCCUCCAGCAACACCGGAGCCUCCACCGAGCUCACCAUUCCGGAAGCUGGCUCGUGGCCGCAGGGUGGCCUUCCGUGGCUGAGCAGCCCUCCAGCUGGGCACAGGCCUCGCUCUUUCUCCAUGGAGAUGCACGAGAGAGCCGCCGGCAUUGCCGAGGCGGAACCGACCCGGCGCUACUCCAUGUCGUCGCUUGGCCGGCACCCUGACGAGGGUCCCAUGGACCUGAGCACGGCCAGGCAGCGGCGCCUGGAGAUCCUUCCGGGCGGCUACGUCUCGGGCCACAACGUGCGCUCGUACGCCCGGGAAGGCGGCCUGCUGGGAGCGUGCCUCGAGCUGGGAGGCCCCGGAUCUGCCGGCGUCCCGCCCCAUCCCCAGGGGGUGCCCAUGGUGGCCCCGAGUAGCGAGGCCCUCGGGUCUGCCACGAGUGGCAGCGAGGAAGGCCGCUGUGGGAUCUGUCAUAAGAGCUUCACCAAGGCCAGUCAGCUGCGGAUGCACGUCAACAUCCACUACUUUGAGCGGCCAUUCCGGUGCGAGGCGUGCGCCGUGUCGUUCCGGACUCGGGGGCACUUGCAGAAGCACCGGCGCUCGGUGGGCCACUACAACCGGCUCAACAUGAAUCUGGCGUUUGGUGCCCCGUCGGCCGACAACCCGCGGCCGUUCAAGUGCGCCGACUGCCAGAUCGCCUUCCGCAUUCACGGCCACCUGGCCAAGCAUCUGCGCUCCAAGAUGCACAUCCUAAAGCUGGAGUGCCUGGGCAAGCUGCCCUUUGGCAUGUACGCCGAGAUGGAGCGCUCGGGUGUCAACCUCAACGAGAUCGACACCUCCGAUUGUGACAACUCGCUCGAGAGCCUGCAGGUGAUGGCACAAAAGCUGUACCAGCACGGCGAACCUUCCUUGGCAUCGCCAGUGGGCGUUGCGGACCCCGUCAGCCCAUUGAGGGCGGGCGUAACCAGCAGCCCACCGCCCGUCAUCGAGGCACCGCCCCCUCCCUCCUCCUGGGAGAGCGGGGCGCUGCGGCCCUGCCACUUGUGUGGCCGCCUCCUCAAGAGCGCCAAGUCGCUCCAGGUGCACCUGCACUGCGACCACCCGUCGGGGGCAGGGCUCCAGCAAGAGGACGAAGAGGUGGCCUCCACCAUCACCCAGGUCCACUCACCUCCCCUUGCCACACCCUGGCUCUGCUCCAUCUGCCAGAAGGCAUUCCCAUCGCAAGCACUGCUCCAGCAGCACUUUGUAUCACACACACAGCCGAGGCCGUACGUGUGUGACCAGUGCGACGCCGGCUUCACUUCGGCUCUGCUCCUGGCCAAUCACGUUGCAAACAGCCACCCAACUGCAGCCGACAGCAACGUCCUCCCACCUCGAGUGCCCCUCGUUCAGAGCCCCGUCCUGUCCACCGUAUGAGCACCGCCUCGUGUUAGUACGGACAUUCGCCGCCUCGAGCAGCAAGGUGAAGAGACGACGGCACAAGCUCAAAACGGCGGUGGGCGACGCAGCCGCAAGUGGUCCCAGCGGCAUCUGUCAUGUCACCUCGUCCAACUCCGAGCAAAAACUAUGGCAGCGGUGAAUGUCAAGUACCAUUACCAUUUCCCGCUGUGUGUUGACCACCGCACUGUCCCCUACAGGGUCGUCCACUCUUAGGGUGAAGCGUGGCUGUGCCGGAUGCACUGGUGUUCCACAAAAAGCAGCCACGCUAAGCCACGUCCACCCUACGAGUGGACGACCGUGUACGUGUUCCUCCGAAGAUUCCAACUCGUCUUGCGACGCUUCGGCGCGUCACGUCGUGCCAUGAUGGACAGUGUGCUCAGUGACGAGGGCGCAUCGACUGUAAAUGCAAUCCCUGGUGUUUGUAUGGCCUGCUUUUUCUUUUGCGAGCGUCAGUUUCCCUGGCAGUGCACCAUUUCAACGAAGGGCACUGCAUCGGUGCACGUCUCGCAUACCGCUCGUUAUUCCUGAGCACUCAUUGGCCGGUUCGUCUAGGCGGGUCUGCGCACCAUCGCUCGGUGUCGUCGAAACAUCUCGUGCCGGCACUGCGUGAUGGUGUGCAUUGCCCUGUUCGAUGAGCCAGCAUUACGUUGGGGGCCGAACUUAGUAAGUGACGUACCAUCAAGCUGCCAGCUCUAGUUAUGGGAGGCUCACAGACACGGUGGUUUGUUGUGUGUUCAACCUGGCCGUUAUCGGCGAACAAUUUCAGAGAGCAAGUGCCUGUGCUUCCCCGAAGUGCGGAGAGUAUCCCGGUGUGAUGGUGGGCACCGAGCGUGACUUGUGCUAUUCGUAGGGUUUGAGUUCCCGUAGUCGAAACGCUUUGUCGUGCACCCGCCUUCGAAUUAAGGCUGAAGCGACGACAAGAUUGUCCGCACACAUUUUUUGUGCCGCAAAUCGUGUGCACAGUCUUUCUCGUGUUUCCCUGCACGCCACUUCUGAGGCAAGGGAAGAACGGGCCUCUGGUACCGUUGGCAGGGAAUUGGUGUCACGUUUGCCAAGCAGUAGGUAGUCGCCAUCUGAAGUGUGGGGCAAGGUGUUAUGUAAAAUAACAGUACCGCCCGCUGUUUCUGUGCUUUUUGUUUCUCGUGUGGGAGAUUUGCCCGGUACCUAAAUGUGUUGCAUCAACACAGAACUGCUGCGGUUCACAACAGACUGUGUUUCCUGGCGUGCCAUUUGGAGGUGUGUAUCCUUGACCGCUGUGCCAGGCGCACCAUUUUUUUUUUGUCCAUUGUAGCCGCCCCUGUACAGUGUUUGUUUGUUUUUUUUUUGCUCUCGGUGCAACACGCAGGUGCCUUGCACCUGGACUCACAGUUCUACACUAGUCCCCAAAUGUGGCACGCAACCCCCCCCCCCCCCCCCCCAGAGCCUCGGUUUAGGUUUUUAAAGCCCUCUGGGGGGGGGUGACGGCCUGCCUCAUUACUAUGUACAGAAUGUUACCGUUUUGUUUGCUCGGUUCUCGUGGGGAAGUGUGUUUUACAUUAUGACAGUGGAGUCUGUCUUCGCAAACCUCCCGCAAUCCUCUCCCCCUUGCGUCCUACAUUUAGUGGACCACAAAUGCCUUUCUUCUUUUUAUCUUUCUGGUAAGCCAACCUGGUUUUCAUGUUUAUUGCAUUUUUACGGCCACGUGUUGGAGUUCUUCAUUUUCGCGUGCUGUACUUGGAAACAUUACUGAUCUUCCCGGCCUUUUCUGUGUAUGACCACACCAGCCUCGUUUGUUAUCUUGCUUAGGCUUUCUUGGGACGUUGUUGCUAUGGUGACUGAUUACGAGUCUUUGCUAUUAUGUGUUGUCCUGGUAUUAUACACUGUGCACUGUUUGUAAGUCACGGGCUCAAGGAAGGAUUUGGAUGUUGUGCAGUGAGACGUCCACUCGCAAUACUUCUGUUUUUGCACCGACUUGGCGUUCACGAUUGACCUAAGCAUCAAUUUUAUCAUUCGCGCUUUGUCCAUUUGCUGUUAUGACCUGCGCCACAUGCAGUCAAGGUGAAGAUUGUCCGGCUCCCUGAUUGGAGGGCACUCUUCACUUACGUGUGUUUAGAGUUGCCACGUAUGGCUUCCUUAAGUUGUGCAAUCGUUUUCCAUUUGCUGCUAGUAAAGCCAUUUGGCAAAUGUGAUCACGCGCUUGCAAAAGCAAUCGCGCAUCGCAGAGACGCUGCCGCUAAGGCACAGAUGAACAAAAAUUGGGGACGGCAACGCCACGGCUGUCCCCCUCCAGUUCGGCACUUGCCUCAGUAGCUAACGUCCGGGUAACUUCUUUCGGAAAGUCUCGUCUGUUUUUAUUUUCUUUCUCUUGACACCGAAACUGCACGAUAGACACCCUUUUCUUCUGUAUCUUAAGUUCGUUCAGGGCUGUGGGUUGGCGGGCAUUUCGAUGAAUAGCGUCAACGAGCUGUGUGCAAUGAGUAAUGCUACGUCAUGCCUUGGAACAAGCAGUUGCACUUUCUGUUGCUUCGGAAGAAAUCGAGCAACUACCCUAGCUGGCACUGCAAGCUUGUAGUGAAGUACACCUCGAUUGUUGAAGAUGAAGCGCAAGUCGACAGCGAUUGUUCAGUUGUGUCGAGCCAGGCUUCUGUGAUUGUGGUGUGCGGCUUUUCCUCAAAAUUCUACUAGAAAGUAUUCUAUUGGAACACCAGACCGCAGACCUUUGUGCAAGUGCACAUGCACGUGGAGCAGGUACACUUUACACACACAGCAGUGGUCCAGUCAUUUGCAGCUCUCUUUGUUGUUACACGUGGAAGAAAUUCACGAAGUUUCAGUAGUCGUAGCCCAUGUUCCGUCUGACAUGACUGCUAAGACACAUUGUGCACUGCUCCACCUUGUCACUGUGAACAUCGUUAUUAAUUUAUAAUUGUUUUUGCAGACACUGCAAACUGAAUCACAUGAUCAACUAAUGGCCCAUCACCCUUCUUGAUAUUGUUUUGUAUGCGUACACUACGUUUGCCCGGUGAAGUUAGAGAAGCAAUUAAUUUUUAUUUGUAAAUACUGGCCGUCGGGAAAGCGGAAACGGUGCUGCCACAUGCAACGGAAAGAAGCACGUUCAUCAGUUGUCUCGUCUCUUCCUUCUUUUCUCAGUGGCCUUUCUCUACACCCCAUCAUUUGUUUUUACUUUUGAAGUUCACUCCGUUCCUAACUGCAAUCAAAACGCACGGGAAAGUUUUUACCACUCGUGUGCGAUACCCGACCGGAUGUGUUCGAGCGCAUUAUGUGCCGGUUGUGUGACGGAUUCGAGCGUCUCGAAUGCAUGCCGCCGCAAAAGGCCCAAGUUCACUGCCGUACUUGCUGUAACUCGCACGCUCCGCUCGUGCGCAUUGUGUGUAGGCCAGUGUUGUGUUUGGCGAAUGCUUAGGGUUCGCUGUGGUAUAGUUAGUAUUUGAAUGAGAUGUGUGUGAGGACGUUGGAUUUGUGUUGCCGUACACAUUUGUAUGUGCUCGAGUGUCUGUGUGGCAAGGAUGGUCGACAUAACAACUAGCGCACCUGUCUGCAAAGUGGGGGAAAUGUGUGCGUCAGUAAGGGUAUCGCUUACAAGCGAGCGAGAUUUUUCUGGUUUGAUUUCAACAUCUGUGGGAGCUAAGGAAGCUAAAUUAUCUGUGGACGCUUAAGUUGAGCAUUUGCUAUAAGACGAAACCUAGCUCUUAAACGAUACUCUCAUAGAAAAGAAGAUAACUGCAUUCCCAAACAUUACUUCAGCAAUGUCCUAAUCUUGUUCUAUGCAGCAAACUCUAGAUGAAACUCUCCAAAAAGUUUCACCGCCUUCAUCCGCACAGUUCACGUUCUAGGAAAGCUUUCCUCUCAAUACACCCAUAAAGAUCGAUUGAAAUGAGAUUGGUGACCUCUGGUGGCAAGAACUAGAAUCAAAUCAACUCUGGCUCGUCUGAUGUGCCUCACACGACAAGUCACUUAAAUCUUGUCAUGAAUUGAGGCCAUGUUCAGGGUACUUUGCUCACCACGAGCUGUCCAAAAAGCCAGCUGUUCUACAUUAUUUGUGUGUUAGCUGCAGCCGUUGUUUUGUGACUGCAUAGCGUGAAAGGCCAUGGGCGCAUGUUGAAUGUAAACCAAAGUUGUGUGAAGUAGGGCUCUUGACAGACUGAUCCGUGAUGUGGUCCGUGGUGUCUUUUAUGAACCUUGGUAUUGUCUUGAUAGGUGGCUUGUGCACAGGCUGAUGCGUGAAGAGGUUGAUCGCACAAUCCCUGUGCUGCCAGUUUGCUUCCUGUGAAGGAUCCAUGCGCAUCCAAUGCAUUUAGAGUUACUGAGACAGAUAGUGCACGAAAUUCAAGGCAGGCUUGUUCGCUGUUAUAGAUGCCACAAGGUCAUCACUGGCCAUCGUAAACUUCAACUUUGUGAGAUAGGCAUGCCAUCGUUUGAGUUUUAAACAUUGUUAUACAAUUUCUUCUUAAGUUCUUAUUGGCAUUUGUAAACCACAACGUUAGCUUUGUCAGUUGUCUGUUUUUCACUGCAGGCUAGUGUCCAUUUAAAACUUCAGCCACUUUCUACUCGGACGGCGUAAUCAGUCAGCACAACACAUAUACAGUUACGUCUAAUUGUGCGCAAUUAUUUCACUGGUAGGGCUGUUUUUCCUAUGUUGCCAGACCUCAAUGUAGGUUUUUUUUUUUUAGAACACAGUGCAGAGAAACCUCAGUGCUUGUCUGAAACACGUGCCAUAAAAUAAGUACAAUAAUCCGGGAUCAAAUGUUCGAUACCUGUUAGGAACAUGCCGGUUACUACGUGAGGUUACUCUAUAUCAUUUUGAGCCAUGCAGUUGAGUUUGUGAAGCGCACAGUAAAAAAAAAACCAGUGUACCUUCCAUGAGCUCAUGUAAUUGUUUGUUGCAGAGGUUAUUGACCUUCAUUACCUUAUGCAGAUAUGUUGUGUCUUGCAUGGAUCAGUCAAAUUGUGGCUGCAGUGUGAACUAAUUGAAGAUUACUUCAAUAAUUUGCUUUCUUCUUACAGCAGCCUCUUGAAAUGAAAAUUGAAAUGAAAACCUGUUUAGUAUUCAGUCUCUACUGGGAACUGACAAGGAAUUUUGAGCAAUGAUUAGAAACAUACUUGACAUGUCACUUCCACUCGGAACAACAUAGCCGUGGCUUCAUCUGCAAGUCUGUGGCCUGAGCGCAACGCAGCUACAGUAGGUGCAGUUUAUACUGUGCACAUUACGUGCUGAAGUUUUCACUAAGACAACUGUCUGGCUCUCGUGGAGUUGUAUCCCUCAUAGUAUUUCAUAGUUCGAAGCUUCCACGUUGUCCACUGCUCGUGGACAGUUCAGUUACGAGACUCGUAUCUAGCUGAAAUUAUUCAAAUUCUGGCUGCCGACCAUAGGCGUGCGCAAGGGGGCAGCCGCCCCCCCCCUCCUGAAGGGGAACCCUGCGCACACCUAUGCUGUCGACUAUAGGAGUACGCGGACUGUUGUCAUGGCAACUAACAAUUCAAGGCCACUGAAUACAUGGGGUCGAUCCUUUGACAGUUAGUUAGCAGACUCGGUCUUAUAGGCAGCAAGUUUUGAGUCUGCCAGGGGGGCUGCUGCCCAAUUUGGGCUCAACUUCUUGGGGGGAGAAUAGCCCCCCCCCCCCCCUGAAAAUUUUAGGGGUGUGGAGGUGGAAGAGGGGGUUUGACCUUUCCAGCCCCCCCAUAACAGCCACCUAUGCUCUGUCUGCCAUUUUGUUUUUAUCCGACAACCGUUAAAUGUCUGGCCUGGAGUUUUCACCAGGCAAUACUAGGUAUACAGUUUGUGGAAGCACUGUGUGUCUGUUGGCUGUUGUGGUUGGCUUCACCAAGGAAGGACACUCAGUCUGGUGCGCAGGUCACCAGCUGAUUGUGGUUGUGCUGCUGUUGCAUCUCCGAGUGUGUCGCGUCAAGAGUUGUGGGUUGGCUGACGUGAGAGGUGAAUGCGGUGCGCAGUGUUUGGCUGUUGAUCAGACAGGGUAUAAAAUGGGGAUUCCGUAAAUCCUUACGUAUGGUUGGUCAUGGUGUGCGUGCAUUUCAAAAAGCCAAAAGGGGGUGUGGUGAACCACGAAACGGGUGUGUUGCAAUAGCCUGUCUGUUAGCCACCACCAACAACCUUGUUUGACUGUGGUAUGGCUGUGGUGUGGCCUAGGCUGAAUUCGCUGUUAAUGCAAUUGAUGGCUGCAGCGUAAGUGGCGUGACAGACAAGUAGCAGUUAAAAUUAAAUGGGCGACCCCUGAGCGCCGUCACGCAUUUUAAAAACGAGAUGUAGCUUUGCCAUAUGAUGCUACCUGUUGUCAGACUGUUGUUUUCCUGUGCAUUUAAUUUGCUCACUGUUUUGCGCCUUGCGCUUUCUCAUACUGUUGUUCACACAUUGAAUGUCACUGAGAAGCAUUGAUUGCAAGAGUUUCUGAUAGCUUGUAGUGCGAAGUGUACAUUGUGAAAGGUGUGUGUAUUUCCUACGACAGCAAACGUACUGUGACAUUAAUUACAACUAUGUAAUUAACGGUAACGACUAAAGCGGCUGCGUAUGUACAGUUGUGCACAUUCGUACAUGAAUUACCUGGUCGUCGAUGUCUGGUCAUAGAAGAAUGAAUCCGAGAGAUUGCUGCUGAUUUCGUUAGUGCAAUAUCGAGAAAUCGAUGGGGAAGAUUGCUCGGACCUAGCGGAAGUAAUUGUUGCAGUGUUUGUCAUCCGCAGGCGUUAAAGAAAACGUUGCUCACACGUUUGGAAAUCUCGAUUAGCAACUGCAACGUUAUGGCACUUUUCAGCUCGUCACAACGGACGCCAGCUUACAGCUGUUGCCGCAGUGAAGCGACGCCUACCUUUUUUUUUUUGGCAAGUAAAAAGUAGCGCGCACGUCAGAGCCUUACAGGUGCGACACGUGCACCAUUCCGAAGAUCACGUUAAAGUGUGAUUCACGAAAGUUGAAGCAGCAGUGGUCGCCAAACCAGAGUGUAAAUAUUGUCGGUGGAAUGUUCCCGCAUUGUUUCCUUGACUUCAUCGCGUCUUGCUUGCACAGUGUUAUACAUUCAUCGUGCCAGCUUUUUAUGCCAUUUCAAUCAAAUGUAACAUGUUUUUACCUGAUUAUAACACAUCCUCCCUCACACCCCCUUUCUCGAGCAAGUUGGUGAGAGAGCGCACCUUUUUUUUUUCCCCUCAUUGUCACGAGCUGUUAUGACUCUUUUAAUUCCUGUUAUUUGUUGGUUAUUGUUAUUUACUUUUUGACAUGCUUGAGCACGUUUACCUUUGCUGCCAUGAGGAGGGAUGCUUUUGAAGCACAGAUUGCACAAAGAAUGUUUGUACACAUUGAAUUUGUCACGUCUACGCCGACCGAGCCGCAUGCCGCGAUUUUUUUUAUUUCGUUACUUUUUAAAAGUGGGUUUGUGUGUGCGCUCGGUUAGGUGCCCCAUUGAAACCGGUGAUGACGUCGUCGAGGUCAUUUCGACGUCGCGUUUUUAUUUGUUGCGUUAAAAAAAAAAAAAGUGGACCGUGGUGGCCAGCGUUUUGGCGUAUGUAGCCAAAGCGCUAUGGCUUCCGCGAAAGCGUUCUCGAGUCGGGAACGAAGCUGUUUGAUGUUGUGUACCGUGUGUGUUUGGCCACCCCUCCCACGAGCACAAAACACAUGCUUUUGGGAAAGCACUGUCGCGGACAAAAAAAAAAAAACGUUGCCGCGUUGCAUUGUACAGAAAUAAAAAAAAAGUUUACUAUUGUAAAGGGUUCCAGCACCUCCUCGUACUCACUCACCCCGAAGCCAUGUCCUUUUUUUUUUUUUGCCCCCCACGUUCCGUGCUGAAAGUCUUUGUACAUAAAGGGCCACCACACAUCGUUGAUCCUUCCCUCUCUGUCGUUUUUCUAUCAGCUCUGUUACUCGGCCCGAAAUGCAUUCAGCAGGGAUCCAUACAUGUCGGUCUGGGGUGUGUGCUUGUGUGUGGGGAGCUGGGUACUUUCAUUUUUUUUUGGCUGUAAUGUUAUAUAGGCUGUUAGAGUACUAGGACCACCAAUAAAGACCUGUUUCUGCCUUUGGAA